CAGCAAAAGAUAUGGUAAAACAUUAGCACAAACAUUAGCUAUACAAUUCGUACAUAGACUACAACAAGAAUUCAAUGCAGCAGCAGCAGCAGCAGCAGCAGCAGCAGGAGGAGGAAGGGGAGGAGGAGAGGGAGGAGAGGGAGGAGAGGGAGGAGGAGAGGGGGGCACUAUUCAUAUUAAGGGAAACAUUAGUAAUUAUUGUAAUAAUAAUAGUUAUUGUCAUAAGGCAGGAGGAACAGGAGGAGGAGGAACAGGAACAGGAGGAGGAGGAGGAGGAGGAACAGGAGGAGGAGGAGGAACAGGAGGAGGAGGAGGAGGAGGAACAGGAGGAGGAGGAACAGGAGGAGGGAAUGUUAAUUGUCAUGGGAAAGGAGGGGGAGGGAAUUAUAAUUUUAGUAAUAAUAAUAAUAAUAGUAAGGGAGGAGGAGGGGGGGCCCCUAUUAUUAAUAAUAAGGGAGGAGGUGGAGGAGGUGGAGGAGGUGGGGGGCCCCCAUCAGGUUGUAAUGGUAGUAAUAGUAAGGGAGGAGGGGCCCCAACAGCUACUAGUAAUAGUAAUAGUAGUAAGGGAGGAGGAGGGGCCCCAACAGCUAGUAGUAAAGGAGGAGGAGGAGGAGGAGGAGUAGGGGCCCCAUCAGGUAGUAAUAGUAGUAAGGCAGGAGGAGGUGGGGGGCCCCCAUCAGGUAGUACUAGUAAUAAGGGAGGAGGGGGGGCCCCAUCAACUAUUAAAGGAGGAGGGGGGCCCCCAUUAGGUACUGGCAAAGGAGGAGGAGGAAGAAAUAAUCAAAAUAAUACAAGGAAACAAGGGCAUGCAGAUACAACUGCAGCAACUGCAGCAGCUGCAGCAGAGAAUGAGGCACCAGCAGCAGCAGCAGCAGCAGCAACAGCAGCAGCAGCAGCAAAUGCAACAACAGAUGUAAAACAUUCUCCUAUCAAACAAACUCGAAAGGCGACAGCUGCAGCAGCAGCAGCAGCUGCUGCUGCUGCUGCUGCAGCAGCUGCUGCAGGAAACGAUCCUACUACUACUUCUACUGCUGUUGUCCCUCCUCCUGCUGCAGCAGCAGCAGCAAAUGCAGCAGCAGGAGCAGCAGGAGGGAGAGAAGGAAGAAAUAAUGAAUUAAUUUCUUCACCAAGGAGUGUUUAUACACAACAAGAAAAACAUAAAAAAUAUUCAAUUGCAUGCAGCAGCAAUCUAGCUGCUAGUCCAAUUGCUGCUGCUGCUGCUGCUGCUACUGCUGCUGCAGCAAAUGUAGCUGCAGCAGCACCUGCUGGUGCUGCUGGCAAUAUGGAAACGGAUACUCCUGCUGCUCUUGCUGCAGCUACUGCUGAUUCUGCUGCUGAUGCUGCUGCUGCUGCUGCUGAUGCUGCUGAUGUACUCGCUACCAGCGACAAAUAUGCAAAUGCUGCUGCUGCUGCUGCUGCUGCUGCUGGGCCCCACACGAGGCCAAGGGGACGUCCAAGAAUUCAUUGUGGUGAUGCAGCAGCAGCAGCAGUUGCUGCUGCUACUACUUCUCCUUCUCACCCACCCAUUGGGGAAGCCCAACUGCAGCAGCAACAACAACAACAGCAGCAGCAGCAGCAGCAGCAGAUGCUAGAUACUCAUACAGAAGCUGAGGCAGCAGCAGACACGCUGUGGCAGCAGCAGCAGCAACGCGGCCGCAAGAGGCGUAGACUCAGUGACACCAGCACUAGCUCCUGCAGCAGCAAUACCUGUAGCAGCAGCAGCAGCAGCAAUACCUGUAGCAGCAGCAGCAGCAAUAUCUGUAGUAGCAGCAGCAGCAACAUAUGCAACAGCAGCAGUAGCAGCAGCAGCAGCAGCAGCGGUGUACCUGCUCGACGAGGAAGACCGCUGCGGCGCCAAGGGCAAUCCAAUAUAUCCACGAAGCCAAGCAGCCACUGCAGCAGCAGCAGCAGCAGCAGCAGCUGCAGCAGCAGCAGCAGCGAAACUACCACUUCGGAGGAUUGGCUACCGCCGUCAAACUCCGCAACCGCGAAGGCCACCGCAAGCAGCAGCAGCAGCAGCAGCAGCAGCAACAGCAGCAGCAGCAGCAGCAGCAGCAGCAAGGUCUCGGGUUAUACACAUUGGGGGGAAAGUACAGAAGCCCCUAAGAGACCGCAGCGUGCUGCUGCUGCUGCUGCUGCUGCUGUGUCUCGCCUCUUUCAGUUAGAGCACGAGCAGCAGCAGCAGCAGCAGCAGCAUCGAGACAGACACAGGGAACCUCGAUACCAGCAGCAGCAACAGCAGCAGCAGCAGCAGCAGCAGCAGCAAGAUGAGCAUCAGGUAGAAGGCUUGCACGAAGAAGGCCUGGAGCAGCAGCAGCAGGUGCGCAAGCAGCAGCAGCAGCAGCAGCAGCAGCAGCAGAAGCAGCAGAGGCAGCAGCACCGCAAGACAGCUGCUCCUCUAAAGGUCAGAGGUAAACUGCAGCCUAGCGGUGAACCCCUACAGCAGUAG